UUCCGUUGGUUUGAACAAGAAAAAAAUUAACACUAAAUUUAGGCAAAACACCCUUUUAACACCAUAAACUACACUUAGACAAGCAACAAACUUCACUUUAGUGCUUUAUUUUCCUUUCCUUUUUUUCAAUUUCAUUCAUUUCCUCCUCCAACAAAACCAAGGAAGGAAAGAACACGACGGAGGGAGAGUGACUAACAUAUAAUAGAUCAGUAGAUCACGAACACUCUCCCGCGGUGGGUCCCAAUGGACUCAACCUCCCAAGAACUCCCGAGACCACCGGUUCACGGCAAGUACGAUUUUCGUUCAAACCGUCCUAGACAACGAAAGAGCGAAAUAAUAAAAUAUUCCAUCAUUGCCAUUAUCAUUAUCAUCAUACUUUCCUUAGGUGUCACCUUUGCAGUUUUAUUUGUGUCGUUCAAAAAGGCUAAAGUGCCGAAUUUCCAAGUGAAAAGCGUCAGAGUCUCAAGAUUUAGCGUCGCUAAUGUUUUGACGGAUCAGCAGAAAGUGUUAUCUGCCGACGUGGAUUUUUUCCUUGAUUCAGAUAAUAAAAACCGUUUGGUUGGUGUUUAUUUUGGGAAUAUGGUAAUGGAAACGGGUUGGGCGGGUGUUGAGACGACGUUCGGGGAAACCAACGUCCGUGAUUACGUCCAAAAGUCGAAGGGUGUAACGACGUUGAAGGUGAGUACACGAAGCGAGGUUGAAGUUAAAAUGGACGUUAAACAAGAGGAUAUGAAGCUUAAUUUGUCCAUUAAUGGAGAUCUUAAGUUCUUUUCUGGUCCAUUUAAGACCAAACGGUUACCUUUCAUCGUCUCAUGCAAUAAUAUAUCCGGUGUAUCUGUUCAUGCUGCCUGUGGUUUUAAAUUAUUUACCAAUGGUAAAACUCCAGAUGGGAAGCCUAAGGCACAAACACCGUCACAAACACCGUCACAAACACCAGAACCAAGGCCAAUUGACGGCGGCCCAACUGCAGACGAGUCUCCACCAUCGCCUCCGGUGGAAUCGUUUCCACCGGUUAAACUAACCAUCCAAGACAAGUUUGUUAUUAUGGACAAUGGAAUUUUACAAACCACAAUAGCCAAACCUGCUGGAUUUGUUACUGGCAUCAAAUACAACGGAAUUGAUAACAUUCUUGAUACAUUAAAUCCUGAAGAUGAUAGAGGGUAUUGGGACGUUGUUUGGGCCCCACCUGGUACACCAGGAACCAGAGGGAACUUUCAGAGGAUAGUUGGUACAGAAUUUCGAGUAAUUAUCGAUAGAGAAGAUCAAAUAGAAUUGUCGUUUAAGGUAGCAUAUGAUCCUGCUACGGGUGGUAAAACGGUUGCUCCAAUGGAAGUAGAUCAAAGGUAUGUGAUGCUCCGCGGAGUAUCAGGGAUUUACGCUUACGGUAUCUUUGAGAGGGAAGCUUGGCCUGCUUUCGGUAUGCCUAAUGCUAGGCUUGCUUUCAAACUUCAAAGAAACCAGUUUAAGUACAUGGCGAUAGCAGAUAAUAGGCAAAGAGAAAUGCCUGUACCCGAGGAUCGUAUCAAGUCUAGAGUUGAAGAACUUAUUUAUCCAGAGGCUGUAAUAAUGACGAAUCCUAUCGAGCCACAAUUUAAAGGAGAGGUGGAUGACAAGUACCAGUAUUCAGAGGAAAGCCAAGACAUUCGGGUACAUGGGUGGAUCUGUAAAGACCCGCCCACUGGAUUCUGGCAAAUCACCCCCAGUUAUGAAUUCCGUUCGGGUGGGCCCAAUAAGCAAUUCCUCACCUCUCAUGUCGGCCCAUCAACCCUUGCUAUGUUUGUAAGUGCACACUACUCAGGAGAGGAUCUAAUCCCAAGAUUUGCAGAAGGAGAGCCAUGGAACCAUAUAUAUGGUCCUAUGUUUAUGUAUAUGAACAAUAUGACCAAGGGACAAGAUCUUCCUUUGCUUUGGGAUGAUGCUAAAGAAAGGAUGAUGUCUGAAGUAAAGAAAUGGCCAUACAGUUUCCCAGCUUCAAAAGAUUUCGCCAAAGCGAAUGAACGAGUUAACGUUACUGGAACAUUUUUUGUGCACGACAAAUACAAAAGUAAAGUAAAGGGCCCAGCAAGAAAUGCAUUUAUUGGGCUAGGCCCACCGGGAGAGGCAGGAUCUUGGCAAAGGGAUAGCAAGACUUACCAAUUCUGGACACGAACAGAUGAGCAUGGGAAUUUCACAAUUUCGUUUGUACGAGUUGGAAACUACGAUCUUCAUGGUUGGGUCGAUGGCUUUAUUGGAGACUUCAAACACACUACACCUAUCGACAUAACAAUAGGACAAAAUGUAGAUGUGGGUGAGAUUGUGUUUGAGCCACCAAGGGACGGACCGACCUUAUGGGAAAUAGGUGUUCCUGAUCGUUUGGCCCAAGAAUUCUUCAUUCCGGAUCCUAACCCGAAAUACGUCAAUAAACUUUACGUUAAUCACCCCGACAGAUUUAGGCAAUACGGUUUGUGGGAAAGAUAUGCUGAAUUAUAUCCGAAGGAUGACUUAGUCUAUGAUGUUAAUACAAGUGAUUACUCAAAAGAUUGGUUCUUUGCUCAAGUCACAAGGCCAUUAGACGGAGGGUAUAACGGAACCACAUGGUCAGUAAAAUUCAAUUUGGAUGACGUGGCACCCGAUGCAACCUAUAAACUCAGGGUGGCUAUAGCCUCUGCCAGCAAUUCCGAGAUGGAGAUACGGUUCAAUAAGCAGAAACCGACCCCUCCGAUCUUUACAACGGGGCAAUUAGGGAACGAUAACUCGAUUGCAAGGCAUGGUAUUCAUGGACUUUAUUGGCUUUACUCCAUAGAUGUCAAAGGAAUUGAACUCAACAAAGGAAGCAAUACACUAUUUUUGACUCAAACAAAGGGAUCUACCGCUCUCCAAGGGAUUAUGUAUGAUUAUCUUCGGCUUGAAGGCCCACCCAAAAAUACAAACUAACAAUUCAUGGGGUCUGGAUCCUCUGGAGUUGAAGAAAAACUCUACAAAAUAGAGUUGAGAAGAUCUUGGUCCUUUAUUAUAAUUAGCGGUUGAGAUUUAUCCCACUGACUCAAAAAAUAAAAAAUAAUAAAGAAACAAAUUUACAGAAUAUUGUGCGUGUAGUUCUCCUAAAUUAUAGGGGAAGUUCUUUGUUUUUAAUGUUUCCCACCAAAAUCUUCAUCAUUAAUAAAUGUUUCCUACCAA